AUGAAGUUUUGCCGUUACCUGAGGGCAGUGUCAUUGGUGUGGUUGGUGAUGAUGAUGAUGGGAGGUUUAGUGGCAGAAGUUGAAAGCAGUCCAUGCACAAGCACAUUCUUCUCCGCCCUUGUGCAGCUGAUUCCUUGUAGGGCAGCCGUUGCUCCUUUCAGUUCCAUUCUCCCAAGUGAUGCAUGUUGCAAUGCCCUGAGAGGACUAGGGCAGCCAUGUUUGUGUGUUCUUGUCAAUGGCCCUCCAAUUUCUGGGGUAGACCGUAAUAUGGCCUCACAGCUCCCAGACAAGUGCACAACAAACUUUGAACCAUGUGAAAUCAUGUGA